GGUGUCCCAAUCUCGAUCCAAGAUCAGUGCCAAUCUGCAGUGUUUCCGCCCCUUCUGUGCUAGCGAAAAGAGAGAAAAAAAAUCUCAACUUUUGACCGCUGGAGCUUGGGGAAAUGAGUUUGCAGGUGGAUGUUUCUUCAAGGUCAUACUAGUAGUUUGAUGUAAGAUUGUCUUGGCUACACUGUCCUAGAGCAAGUUUCUCAGUCGCAAGUGAGAUAUUUUUGUGAGUUCCAAAAAGGAAGCAACAAGACAACAGAAUAGGCCGCAUCUAGAUAUAUAAUCUUGGCAUCUCCUAGCUUCCUGAGUUGUCUCUGCAGCUUCUUCUGUUGAAUUGAAUCAUCAAUGGGUAGGGGGAGAGGCAGAGGGCGGAAGCAGCUCACCAAUGGCAGGACCCACGAGGACAAGGGGAGCAGCGGCGAGGAGGUUGCCGUGCCUGCAAGGAAGAGGAGGGGACGGCCCCAGAAGCGUGUCGCCGCUGAGAAGAUCAUUGAAGCAGAGAUGAAGAAACUGGAGGCGGCCGCCGAUGAUGGCGACGAGGACUACGUGGUGGGAGCAGGGGAUGGUGCCAAACUGAAGGUGAAGGGUUCAAGAACAGAGCAUGCUUCCGGAGGAGCUGGUGGCAACAAGAGGAACAGGGUACCCAAGGAAGAAGAGGACUCAAAUCUUGACAUGGAGGAGAACAGCUCCAGCACUCGGUCCAGCAAUGAUGAGUCCACCAGGUCCAAUGGCUUCCGGCAGUCAGGAAGCCGCCGGAAGAGCACUCCACGGCGAGCGGCGGAGGCAGGGCUAUAGUCAAAAUUGGAAUUGGAAUGGAGUAGAUUCUUUGGUAUCAAUUAGGCAGAUGCUCUUCAAUUUUGUCACAUUCAUCAUAUUUUUGGUAGCAAUCUUCAAAUUAUGUCAUCUUGGUGUUUGCUAGGCCUACAUCUACAUGGGUGUAAACAUAUAUAAUACUGAUUGCAAGCCAUCCGAAAUUUUGCUUAAUGAAGAAAAUGUAUGAAUGAACCAAAAGCUCCACAUCUAGGAGUUGGUUGGUACUGAACUGAUUGGUCAGCACCAUGUUUUGCUUCA